GCUAGUCAAAAUGGCCAUUAUGACAUUGUCCGGAGUUUGCUGCUUCAUGGAGCCAAUUUUUCAAUAAUCAAUGAUGCUGGUUCAAAUGCAUUGAGAACCGCUAAAUUAUUUGGAAAUGAUGAAACUCAACACAUUUUGACCAAACAUGUUUCUCAGAUUACAAUGGCAUUAGAAAAUCAAGUUAUUGAACUUCUUCGCAGUACCGCUCGGAUAAGCCACGCUCUUUUUCCCAUUCAAUGCCAUUCCACAAGUGAAAAUCUUCGAUUUCGGUUGCUGUUCAAUUUUGAUUCCAUUGAGCCAUUUCAGCCAGGAAUUGGUUUUCUUCUGUUUAUAAGUGAUUUAACUUUCAGUCUCUUCAAGCCAGUUUCAUUGAGAUUUUUCAGUCCUUCCGCCAAAGUUAAGGUCUACCUUAAUGGAACUCUUCAAAAAUCUUUAACAGAGGGUGCCAAAUUUGUCUUCUCAUUCACUCCUUUACGUCGAGGAGUUAAUGAGCUUUUGCUUACCAUUAAGGAAUCUCAAUCACGACAGUGUUUCAUCAUUUGUGCCUAUCAAGUUACCUUGAUCAACUCUAAACCCUAAUUCAAUACUGAACCAAGAAAGCAAAUUAUUGUUUAAAUUGAAUCAUUAAUUUUUAUUGAUUAUUAUUCAUCAUUAUCACUGUGUCAAGAAAUUCAAAUGUCAAGACAAUUUAAUGGCCAGAGGUCGAGAAUCAAAAUAUCACCUGGUAAUACAAUUAGCAUCAGUGAAUGAACCAAUUUUUUUAAACUUCUCCAGCUCAUCCAGAAUAACAAUUAUAUUUUGAAAAUGAAGUGGAAAAAAUUUUUGCAGCCAAUUGCAUCGAUUAUGAACAGAAAACAAAUAUUCAUUACGUCAACAAAUUGAACCCAAGAUGAUACUGGUUCAUGAUUGAUCAAAGAAAGUUGCUCACAGAUGCAGACACUUUACUGGUGAAUGUUAUUUAGAUAUCAAAUUGUACAUUAGAUACCUAAAACUCAUCAUUCCUGCUAAAACAAGUUGCGCGGCCAAUUAAAGUACAACGCAUUUGAUAGACAAUUCAUUGGAACUUCACUUGAUACCUGUUCUUAUCAAAAGAUCAUCAUUUCAUAUUGAUGAAUGUUUAAUCAGUGAUAAAUGUUUUCUUUUUCGCUUAAUCAAUUUGAAUUUGUUUCUUAUACUUAUGUUUGUGUUCAUGUUUGUAAUCAACUUUAAUAAUCUCAAUGCAAAAUCAAAAAGAGAUGACACCUUGGAAACAAAGUCUAUGAUCAUUUAAUCCAUUAAAAAGUACAAUCUUACCAUUUUUACUUUAAUGUAACUCUCAAUGAUAAUUUUUAAAAUAAAUGUUUCUUUCUCUGUUCA